AAAGACAGUAGUGACCGAGCCUGCCGGAUUAUCUGGGACAUAAGCUCGAACUGGAUCUAGUACCUGUGAACAAGUGUAUUCUGACUUGAUAUUGACAAAUAAGGAAAAGUUAUUACUGGAUGCAAGUUCUGGGAAGGCUACAGCAGUAUCUCUCUGCUCUUGGAGAUUGGAAUGCGGAACUCUGCUGGGAGGAACAUUCUAUCUCCCUGUCAUAAAGAGUCGUUAGCAACCACCUGGUUCAGGUCACAGGCAGGGAGAGGAAGGACUGCAGAGUCUUUCAUUCUUUCUGGUGCAGCUUAACUGAUUUGAAGAAGCCGAAGAAUAAAAUCCAGUAGCACAGUUAAGACUUUAGCCAUGGCAUCUGUAACAUACCAAAAGCCAACAUCUACUACUGUGGGAAAACAAAUGAUUUUUACAGGUCCAGACUACAUAAAGGAUUAUUUACCCAAAAUUCAUCAGCACACCUGCUAUGUAGGAGAACAGCAUCCGGCGUUAGAAAAAACUGGAGAUCUCAGAUAUUUAUGGAGGCCUGCCUCAAAUAGAAGCUUGCCAGCAAAAUAUAAACAUGAGUACGUUGGUGAAAUUGGUUGGGGAGUACCACAGUAUAAUUUUAUCAACAAAUCAAGACUGGAGAGUGGCUUCCAUAUCAAGUAUGAAGAACUAAGUCAAGCUUCUCUUGAUUCAAUAACCCACAGAUAUCAAAACCCAUGGCAACCAAAACCUCAUGUCCUGGAUAUGCAAGGAAAACAGAGUCGCGCUUCUUUGGCCUGGCAUGUGGGUGAUUUCGAGGACACUGAUCAGAGAAAUUCCAAAUGGGCUAUUCUCGUUAGGCAGAGUAAGUCAACAUUGCCAAGAGCUUCCAAACCAUUUAUGCUUCCGAAGCUGCCAAAAAAGGAAAAGAAAAGGAAACAUUAGCCUCUAAAUCAGCAUAACUCAACCUGCUUUUAGAAGGAGAAACUGCCUACUACUGUAGAACAAAAAAUAAGAUCAUAAUAAUCCGUAAGUGCUUCUCAUAUUGCCCCAGGACAGAUGUCUUGCAAGAGUACGCUUCAGCUUAAAGCCCAAAUAAAGAGUUUGGAAAAAAG